UGCAUUAAAGAAGUGUUCAAGCCUUAAAAGUUUAACACUUGAACGUUACACGUUUAGUUAAUCGGUGAUUUUUGCUAUAAAAUUUCGCCAAAACAAUUGCAAUCGAAUCGCGAAAUUUUCGAUUAAAAACGAAAACGAAAAUGUUACAAGAUUUUCAAACGAAACAGGAUUACGCGCGACAAUUGCGUUACGCACGUUCCAAAUUUCGGCGGAUUAGUUCCUUAGAUUUAAUUCCCGAAGAUCCGAGUCAAGAGGAAUCCUCUGAUGAAGUGACCAGCCCAACGAUAAGUCGAGUAAAUACUGGCAUUAACACGGAAUUACUAAAGCCAUCUGCUCAGCCUAUAAAGAAACGUGUGGGAAAUAUGGUGAUGUUUUGGCCGAAUCUGUUAGCGAAUAUUGUAUUGCUUAUGCUGCGUUUCAUAUUAUAUGUGCCUUUGUCUAUAGCUGCUCCUAGCUUUUGGUUAUCGGCCAUACUAUGGAUCUUUUGGAAACUUAUUCGUAUACCCAUAGGAUUAUUUAAAUGGUUGCUUGUUAAUGAAACUUCUACAAAUGUAAAUGGUUUGGGAACCCAACAUAACGGACCUAAGCGUACUGUCCUCAUAAGUUGCGGCAGCACGAUACAAACUUUACAUUUGGCCCGUAACUUUUACUCGGCCGGUGCUCGUGUUAUCGUUUUCGAGUUUGACGGAUUAUUUGGCUUAGCUCGUUUUUCAACAGCCGUAGAUAAAUUCUAUGUAGUGCCACGACCUGCUCCUCACAAUAUAGAUAAUUACAUUGCAGCGCUAUGUCAUAUUGUACGAAAAGAGAAACCUUCCGUUUAUGUACCGGUAUGUGCUACAAAUCCUGCGUAUUAUGAUUCCGUAGCGAAACCUCAUUUAGAAGUUUUGGGCUGUGCGACUUUUAUGACGGGCGUACAAGAAACACUAAUAUUGGACGAUUGCUUGCAAUUCUAUCAACGUUGCGCUAGCCAGAAAAUUAAUUUGCCUCCAUAUAUGAGCAUCUCUUCAUUGGCUGAACUAUGGGAAUUGUAUGAAGGGGGUUUUGUUCAACAAUUCCGCAACAUAAUGGUCGCCGUAGGCAUGCAAGGCAUUUUAGAACGUUUCAAGUACAUUUUACCGAGACAACGACGCGACUUGAAAUUCGGCCAUGAAAUAAGUGAACGACAACAAUGGCUGGUGGUGCGCGAUAUACCUGGUGAACAUUAUGUGACCUGCACUACGGUAAAGAAUACUCAAGUAGUGGCUAAUGUUAGUUGUCGUGUAGAUCACGAAACAAGAAAUCUAGUACCAGUCGUAGCGAAUUCUCCGACCACUGCCGCUGACGCUGCCCUAAUUGAGCAUUGGCUUAGAGUAUUCUUUGCCAAAAUUAGAUUUCAACGUAGCAUAAAUUGUCAUAUUAGUUUUCGUUUAGUAAAGUGUCAAAGUACCGGGGAAUUUUUACCCUUAGGUGUCCGAUUGGGUGUAUCUCUACCGUACAUAUGCUAUAAUCGUUCACAUGCUCAAACUUUAUGCCGCACAAUGAAAUGCGUACCGAUGCGAUCAUUAAGUUUAGUACCGCCUGCAACAAAAACGGACGAUUCAACCGCUAAUACUAACGGCUCAAACUUAGCCGCACUUAGUUGGUCAUCGCUGGAGAAUUCAAGCGCUACAACUGCCUUAGAUAAACGCGAAGCUUUAUUCGCCUAUUGGGAUCCUUUGCCUUAUUGCGCCUACUAUCACUUUCAAUUGCCGCUGGAAUCGGUGAAAACUUUUCUACAAAAGAAACGACGCAAAGCAACAAAGACCUUAUCACAUCGCUUAGCUAUACCAGUGCAUUGAGGGCCUGUAACUCGCAACGAAAUAAUCACAGCAAUGCCGCCAAGGACAUGCCAAGAUUGUGAUGAGAAUUUCAUAGACAACAAAAUGUAAAUAAAUAAGACGAUGGCAAAAAAAAAGAAAGCUAGAAAGAGAGAGAGAGAGAGAGAGAGAGA